ACGGGUAUACGAUCGGUAAACAAGAACAAAGGUUUAUAUGACGGUGUGAUACAUGGAAAUGACGAAUAAUUUCUGUUGAAUAUUAUAAAGGAAACAUGAGAUAAUUGGACAAAAGUUCAAAUCACGGAAUGUCUGACAAUUGCCGUGUGUCUGAGGCCCUGUACGUGGGUCUGUGUGGUUAUAUAGGGACACCGACAGAGGUGACCGUCAGGAGGGAGGUGAUGGACAUGGCGGAGAUGAUAAUGAAACCUGUACAGGUAUAUAAUGGUAUGCGAAAUAUGAUCAGUGGUAGUUAUAGGGAAGGUUCUAGAUUUAAAUCUUCUGACAUGGACAUGAUGUUCUGGCAUACCAAUCAUAAAGUAAUUACUGACUUAUCACAGUCCAGUGUUUAUGAUCUGUCAAAACAUUCCAUUAUUCUCAUGGAGGACACUGAUACACCACCGGGGUUUGUCAGACUACAGCUUCUGACGUCAUCACGAGAUGGAGACAUUGAAUCGUCAGUUGUUCCAUAUAAUGACGGCAUGUACAUAUCAUGUAUGAGGUGGAGACAAAGAAUGUUGACUAUGCUUAGUGGAAUAAACACUAUUAACAAUGCAAAAAGCCAUGGUCCUUGUGCAAACGGGUUCGUUGAUGAUUUAGAAACUGACAAUGCUCUUUGUUUUCAUUGUUCCCACUGGUCACGGUUAACCUGUUAUUGGAGAAAAAGAUGCAUUCUGCAUAACUGGCCUCAAAACCAUGUUUUUGAUGAUAUUCUUAGGAAUGGCUGUCAUUUUGUGCCUGUCGGACAUAAAAUAGCAGUCGAUGAAAAUGAACUUGAUUGGAGAUUAUCGUUUUCUCAGGCAGAACAAAAACUAGUGUAUUCCAUGAAUCAUACGCAAUUUCUGUGUUAUGGACUUUUGAAAAUAUUUCUUAAGGAAGUCAUCAAUCUUAAAAGGGAAGAACCAUUUCUGUGUUCAUAUUUUGUGAAGACAACGAUGUUCUGGCUGAUACAAAUAGGACAUAUUACAUGGUGUCCAAAUAACUUACUGGAUUGUUUCUGGAAAUGUUUUAAAUAUUUGUUACAAUGCGUUCAUCGUGGUGUGUUUCCAAACUUUUUUGUCCCCCAGAACAACAUGUUUGCCAGUAAAAUGUCUACAGUUAGAGGUGAACGCACACGCAAGUGUCUGUUAGAACAGCUUAACAGGUAUUACGGAAUGGGUGUGACCUGUUUGUUACAAAGUCCGACGGUCCGAGAAAUGAUUGAACCAGCUAUGUGUAACAGUUUUGUCGGAAUAGAACCACUUUUAAGUCAUAUGAAGAAUGCCGCUGAUACUGAUGCUUGUAUCAGAAAAGAGAUAGGAUCUAACAAUUUUCCAGAAGAAUGCAUAAAGAAAAAUUAUCUAAUUUUGAGGUUCAUACUAAUUGUGUCAAAUCAGUCGCUUACAGAAUAUGAGAAAUUAACAUUACAGAAAUGUACGGCAGAUGUUUUAGUUGCAACAGCAUUCAUGAAUCUCAGUACUAGUAGUUUAUCAAGUAAUACAAACAAGAAAGUCUACAGAUCAGAUAGACUUAAUAGUAACUUGUUGAAGCUGGCAGGUAGAUUGGGUGAUGUGUCUUGUUUGUUGUAUCUUGCUAUGUAUUAUUACAGAACAUGUAGAUAUAGAGAGGCGCUUCAUGUUACAGCUCUGGUUAAAUCAAGACUCACUCAGCCCUAUACCAUGUACAUGUAUGACACAGUAGACAGAGAAAGGUAUAAUGAAUGUGUGGCAGGUUGGUCUCUGUCUAAACGUAUGAAGAAAGCUUUGGUAUUCAAUGUACGUCUUCAAAAAGAGGUUUAUUACAUUAAGGAACUGGUUUUAGAACAAAUAGCAGGUAACGACAACGGUAAUAUUAUCUUGUUUAUUUCACCAUAUGUAAUGACAGACAUGUUAAGUGUGUUAUGUAACUACAGGCUAGGUAACCGGUCCCAGUGUCUACAGACACUGACAGACCUACAGACACUGCUGCUCUAUGAUGACGGGAGAUAUGUAGAUUUACAUUAUAGAGACCUCUCGUGGCAGAUACUGGGGAUCUGCCAGCACGUUGUGGUGGACCUACACGAGGCGUUACAGUCUUAUCAACAAUCACUCAGACAGAAACCAUACCACACAAUACAGAGUGCCACACAAUAUAGAAUAGCAUUAGUUUUGAAUAAAUUUGCAUUAAGUGAAGCCGAACGCAACAAAAUAUUUCAUAAUAUUCGUUAAAAAAAUUGCAUAAGGAAGACUGCUAAGUAUAAAAGUUAGGAAAAUCUGUGAUGCAUGCGAGAAACACGAAAACACGCAGAUUUACCAGGUUUGAUAUACACUGUAUAAUAUCACGAUUUUUCAGGACUUUGACAAAAAUGUAAAACUUAGUGGAAGUCUUCGAUUAAAAAGAAAACACCUUUUCAUUUCAUCAUUUAUUAUAUUUUUUUUUACUGUAACAUGCACCUGUACUAUUUUGUACAAAAUGUGUGUAAGUGAUGAAAUUUAAUCAAACAGAAAGAAAGAUAGAUAGAUAGAUAGAUAGAUAGAUAGAUAGAUAGAUAGAUAGAUAGAUAGAUAGAUAGAUAGAUAGAUAGAUAGAUUUGCACAGACCACUGUUCAGGAUAAAGAUGAAAAUUAUCUGGACAAUGGUUUACAUUCUUGGCGGGAAAUACUCUCGACAACAAGGCUCUCAUGAACCUUGCUUGCGAAUAGAAAUUGGUUUACAGAGUUUAAAGGAAGUUAAAUGAAGCGUCAUAUCAAGCGUUAUAUUUUUUUACUUUUUAAGUUAAACAUCUUUUUUUACAGUAGAUUGUUGUUGCUUUGAAAAUAAGAUGAAUGUUUUAUUUUUACGUCUUUUUAUAAUAUCAAUUUUUAUGUCAUGUCCUCUCUGUAUAUCUUGCAUGCUUAUUAUAUGUAAAAGUUGAUUAACUUUAUCACAAAUAAAAUAGCUACAGGGGAAUCAUGUCAUCUGCGUGUGGAAUUCAGCUGUUGUAUUAAAAAACAUGUUUUAAUUUUGCAUUUCUUUCUGUAGAUUUUGUCAUGUUUAAUAAAUUACAUGUACUGGGUUUUAUAAUAGUUGUUCACUACAAUUAGACUGCUUAUUGUACCAUUAAAAA